AGUUAUUAUUGAAUCAGUGGAACUAUAAAUAUUAAAGAUGAAGGGUGCAGGAAGAAAAAAAGAUAAUGAAUAAAUAUGCAUUUUUUUUUUAAUAUAUAUGUGUAUACAGAAUCUUUUAUUGAGCCCUGAAUCAACAGCAAGUAUUUUUUCAUGGUGUGCAUUCCAAUGGAUGAAUCCUUUAGUAGUUUUUGGUUUUCGUAAUAUUGUUACUCGCGAAAAUAUCUAUGCACUUACCUUUCAACACCUAUCUCGAACAGUUUUCGAAGACUUUGUGAAUACGAAAAAAAUGGUUGCACAUACGAAAAUCUUUAAACGAAUUUAUAAAUCAAAUAAAGUAGAGGUUUGGUGGCAGUUUAUAUUUUGUACCUUAGCUUGUUUAGUUAGUUAUCUGGGCCCUUAUUUUCAACAAAAAUUCUUGGAAUACAUUGAAUUAGGUCAAGAGCAGCGUCCAGCUAUUCAAGUUGCUUAUUUGUAUGUCAUUGGUAUGUUUACUGUAGGUGUAGUCAAAUUAUUGUGUAAUAACGUUCAGUUAUGGGUGGGUCGUCGUUGGAAUAUAAGAACCUUGAUUAUGUUGGAUGCAGAAAUUUUUUCAAAAACUUUGAAAAGAAAGGAUAUGUCUGGAAAGCUUGUUAAAUCAGAAGAAGAGGAAUCAGACACGAAUAAGGGGGAAGAAAAAUCAUUUAGUAAUGUUGGAAAAAUUACAAACUUGAUGAGUUCAGAUGCAGAUCAUUUAUCUGACAUUCCAGCUUAUAUUCAUAUGAUCUACAAUUCUCCUGUAGAUAUUGCUGUAUCUAUUAUUUAUCUAUAUAAAUUAUUAGGUGUAUCAGCCUUGGUUGGUUUGGCUAUUAUGAUUCUAUGUUUUCCAAUUUCUGGCUACCUUACUAAAGUGAUGUCUAGAAAUUAUACCGCUCUUAAUGCUGCUAAAGAUAAACGAAAUGAUUUAGUCAAUGAAUUACUACAAGGCAUUCGUAUGAUAAAAUAUUUUGCUUGGGAGGACAACUGGGAGAAAAAGAUUCAUGAAGCUCGUCAUGACGAGAUAAAGAAACUGAUCAAGACAAUUAUCAAUAACAUAUGUAAUAGUUUCAUCUUCUUAGCAGUUCCUGUCUUGGUGACAGUUGGUACAUUUAUUUGGUAUACUAAAGUAGCUGGCAACGAGUUGACAGCAAGUGUUGCCUUUGUUAGUAUUACACUUUUCGAUAUGGUGCGUGGUCCCUUAAUUUUCCUACCAGAAACAUUUACUACGCUCACUGAAGCUUAUGUUAGUUUAAAACGUAUCUCGAAUUACCUGGAGGAACCUGAAGUUGACGAGAACAUGAAUAAAGAACCUAUUGAUUUCCCUGAAGGUGUUUCUCCACAAACUGUAUUAGCUCGUGUUGGUUUUGAAAAAUCUAUUUUUCAAUGGCAUAUGAAUGCUAACGAUUCGAAAGGUACUCUAAAACAGCAAGCCUCUUUAGCAGCUACAGAGUCAACAUUAGACCGUGCCAGCUCGCAAAAUGAACAAAUGAUAUUUCAAUUAAAUGUGCCUAGAUUUAAUUUCCCUACAGGAAAACUUAGUUUGAUAUGUGGUCCUACUGGUAGCGGAAAGACUAGCUUCCUUCACGCUCUCUUGGGAGAAAUGGAUAUAGUUUCUGGAUGUGUUUAUUUACCUUCAAAAAUUACUUUGUCGGGUGUUGAAAAUGUAUCCAAAAUUGAUCCUGAAUAUCCAAACUUAUAUUUAGAUAAAGUUGCGUACGCUGCUCAACAACCUUUUCUUCGACAUGCUUCUAUCCGUGAUAAUAUCUUAUUUGGUUUACCUUAUGAUUCUGAACGUUAUAAAAAGACACUUUAUCAAUGUGAUUUAAUUAAAGAUAUAGCAAUUCUACCAGAUGGAGACCGUACUGAAAUUGGUGAAAAAGGUAUUUCACUUUCAGGUGGUCAAAAACAAAGAGUUUCACUCGCCCGUGCAGUUUAUUCUUAUGCAAAAACUGUUUUGUUAGAUGAUUGUCUUAGCGCUGUCGAUGCUCAUACUUCAAAACAUAUUUAUGAAAAAUGUAUUAUGGGUGAUCUUUUAAAAGGACGCACAGUUAUCUUAGUCACUCAUCAGGUCAGACUUUGCCUACCUGGAGCCAAAUUUUUAGUUAAAAUUGAAAACGGUAAUGUGUUAGGAUGUGAUUCGAUUGAUAAUUUGAAAGCAAAUGGACAAUUGCAAAUGCUUAUAAAAGAUGAUAUUCAAGAGAAUGAAAAUGAUAUUGAAGAUAUGAUUGAUUCUGAUUCUAUUACGGGAAUAGAUCUGGAUUUGGAUAAUAAAAAGGAAACCACAAAGCUUGUUAAAGAAGAAACUGCCGAAAAGGGUCAAGUAAAAUCCAAAGUUUAUUUCACUUACAUGGCUGCUUGUGGUGGAUGGAUCUUUUGGAUUGCUAUUUUGUUUGCCUAUGUGUUUGCUAGAUUCUUAACCUUUGGUGAAAACUGGUGGUUGAGAGUUUGGGCUGCAGCAUAUGAUCAAACUAAUGAUAUUAGUCAUAUAACUGAACAAAGUGCUUCAUUUAUGACUUUACCUAAUAGGGAACCUGGUAUUCAAGAAGCCUUUCAUUCUUUAGGAUCCAUCAUUCAAAAGCAAAAUGUAUUUAGAUCCUGGGUUUUUGAAGAAAAAUCGCCUGUUAAUGUAGAUUAUUAUAUUGGUAUCUACGUUGCUAUUUGUUUAGCGAAUAUUAUAUUUGAUGUUGUAAGAAAUAUUAUGAUUUUUUGGGGCUCUAUCCGAGGUGCUCGAAUGCUAUUUAACUCCUUAUUAAAUCGUAUUAUUCAUGCUCCUAUGCGUUUCUUUGAUACCACUCCUAUUGGACGUAUCUUAAACAGGUUUGGUAAAGACAUCUCGACAAUUGAUAUGCAAAUUGCACGUUCAUCCAAUCUACUUAUUGAGUGUAUAACGGGUGUUGUUGCAUCUACUGUAGUUAUCAGUAUCAUUACUCCUCAAUUCCUUGUUGUUGCCAUCAUCGUUAGUUUAUUAUAUUUCCUUAUUGGCGUCUUCUAUCUUCGGAUUUCCCGUGAGUUAAAACGUCUGAAUUCUGUCAGUCGUUCUCCGAUCUAUUCCCAUUUUACAGAGACAUUACUUGGUAUUACAACAAUUCGAGCCUAUGGUGCAGAGGAGCAAUUUAUGAGGACCGUUCAUGAAAAAAUUGAUUCAUUUGUUGCCCCCUUCUAUUUGCUUUGGAUGAGCAAUCGUUGGCUUUAUGCUCGAGUUGAAAUUGCAGGCUCCUUCGUUACUUUAUUUACAGGCAUUUUUUUAAUUUUUAAUAUCAAGUAUUUAGAUGCCGGUAUGGCUGGUAUUUCCUUGUUUUAUGCUCGCAGUUUCUUGGAGAAUAUUUACUGGUUUAUUCGACAAUAUACCUCUGUGGAAAUGGACUUUAAUUCGGUUGAAAGAGUACAUGAAUAUCUUGAGUUAGAACAAGAACCACCUGGACAAAUCGAGAAUCACAGACCACCUGCUGCAUGGCCAACAACUGCCUCGAUCGAGGUAAAAGAUUUGGUUGUUCGAUAUGCACCUGAACUAGAUCCAGUAUUACAUGGUAUCUCAUUUUCUACCAGAGCGCAUGAAAAGAUUGGUAUUGUAGGUCGUACUGGUUCUGGUAAAAGCACGAUAGCCUUAAGUUUCUUCCGUUUCUUAGAAGCAUGCGGCGGAUCUAUUUCAAUUGAUGGCAUUGAUAUCUCUACCAUCGGUGUUCAAGACUUACGGUCAAAAUUGACAAUUAUCCCACAAGACGCUAUUCUGUUUUCUGGCACGAUACGGUCUAACCUUGACCCCUUUGAAGAACAUUCGGAUGAAGAGGUGUGGGAGUCUUUAGAACGUGUUCAUCUUUGCAAAGCUUCAGAUCGUUUAAAGGGAUUAUCAACACCAAGUACUGUAUCAACUGCAAAUGAGCAAGCAUUAUCAGCCAUUACUAACUUAAACCAACAGGUUAGUGAUGGUGGGCAUAACUUUUCUCAAGGUCAACGUCAAUUACUUUGUCUAGCUCGGGCCUUACUCAAGAAUAGUAAAUUGAUUAUCAUGGAUGAAGCAACGGCUAGUGUUGAUUUUGAUACGGAUUCCAAGAUUCAGACAACAAUUCGAGAAGAACUUAAAGAUUCUACUUUACUUUGUAUUGCACAUCGACUUCGUACGGUCAUUGAUUAUGAUCGUAUCUUAGUUUUGAAUCAGGGCCAGGUUAUAGAAUUUGACACACCGUAUAAUUUAAUUGUUAAAGAUACUGGUCUCUUUAGAUCCAUGUGUGAACAAUCUGGAGAAAUAGAUGUCCUGUUGAAAAUGGCUACUGAAGCGCAUACUUCAAAAAUGAAUGAAGAGGAUGUAUCUGACGAUCAUACUAGAGUAUAUUGAUAAAGCUUACAUGUACAAUAUUUAUAAAUUAUUAUUAGAUAGACAUAUUAUAAUGGUUUUUUUUUUAUAUAAGAUAAAAUAAAAUAAAAUAAAAUAUAAUAAUGUUUAUAUAGAUG